CUAACCAUAUUCCAUUAAUGCAUACAUUGACUUGGCCUCAUCUUGUACUAACCAUACCUCACAUUAAUCCAUCCUUCCCCAUCAUAAAUUCUCCAUUUUUCUAUCCAAAUUUUCAAACCCACAUUUUCCUUUCUUUCUUAGAAGAAAUAUUACACUCUUCCCCCAAUUCAGUUUUAUAGGUGCUAGUUCUAUUGGAUCUAGUGUAUGAUCUGUUAGUGAUUUGUGAAGUGUGUUGGUUACACUGUUUGGUGAAGUGGGUGUGUUUUGGUUUUGAAGAUGAAGGUCACUGUGGUUUCUAGGAGUGGAAGAGAGAUUGUUAAAGGUGGCAUUGAGCUCAAUGAUUCUGCUACUGUAGCAGAUUUGCAGGAGGCAAUUCACAAGCAAACCAAGAAGCAUCCAUCAAGGCAGCGCUUGACACUUCCUGUCCAACCGGGAUCAAAGGAAAAGCCUGUUGUUCUUAAUUACAAAAAGAGUCUCAAUGACUAUACAAGUGGAAAUUCAAAAACCUUAACUGUAACGUUCAAGGACUUAGGUCCACAAGUUUCUUACCGUACGCUUUUUUUCUUUGAGUAUUUGGGGCCGUUGCUUCUCUAUCCAGUCUUCUACUACUUCCCCGUUGUCUACCAGUAUUUCGGCUACAAAGGCGAACAUGUCAUCCACCCUGUGCAGACAUAUGCCAUGUACUAUUGGUGUUUCCAUUACGCCAAACGAAUUCUGGAAACAUUUUUUGUGCAUCGCUUCAGCCAUGCAACUUCACCCCUUUCCAAUGUUUUCCGCAACUGUGCUUAUUACUGGACAUUUGGCUGUUAUAUUGCUUAUUAUGUGAACCAUCCCCUAUACACCCCUGUAAGUGACCUUCAAAUGAAGAUAGGCUUCGGAUUUGGGAUACUUUGUCAAGUUUCAAACUUCUAUUGCCAUAUUAUACUGAGGAAUCUUCGUGGACCUGCUGGAGAAGGUGGAUAUCAAAUCCCACGUGGCUUUCUCUUCAAUAUUGUUACUUGUGCAAACUAUACAACAGAGAUUUACCAGUGGUUGGGCUUCAACAUUGCAACGCAAACCAUUGCCGGUUAUAUAUUUCUCGCCGUCGCUGCUUUUAUCAUGACGAACUGGGCUCUUGCAAAACACAGGCGCUUGAAGAAGUUGUUUGAUGGAAAGGAAGGGAGGCCGAGGUACCCUCGUCGGUGGGUAAUAUUGCCUCCAUUCCUUUAGGAGCCCAAGCCAUUGAAGUGAUGGUUAUGAAGUCACCACUCUGCUCACAGGAUUCUGAGAUUUAGAACUAUAGCAUAAUGAAUUUUUAGUUAAUUAUUCUUAUUUUAUUAGAUAUGAAUUUGUCUUUCAAUGUUUUCUCUAUGCAGUUGGUUUCCAAGUUAUUGAAGUUGUUUUUGUUGGAUAUUUGUAAUCGUUUAUCGAUUAUCGUAAUGUGGAUCAUUGUUUCUUAAGAAUCUUUAUCUUGUGUUGAUUGUAUUUGAUGUUUCUAUCAUAUUUUGGUUGUCUUC